GACUGCAGCGAGCCACUGCGAGAAGACGGGAUAGAGCCGGCGGCGCCGCGGACGAGCACUGACCGCGCUCCCGCCCAGCUCUGCUCUGCAGCUCCCGCCAGGGUCCACCCCUGGAGCCCUCGCUGGCCUCUCCCCAAACCUCGACCAUGAUGUUCUCGGGCUUCAACGCCGACUACGAGGCGUCAUCCUCCCGCUGCAGCAGCGCCUCCCCGGCCGGGGACAGUCUCUCCUACUACCAUUCCCCGGCCGAUUCCUUCUCCAGCAUGGGCUCGCCUGUCAACGCACAGGACUUCUGCUCGGAUCUGUCCGUCUCCAGCGCCAGCUUCAUCCCCACGGUGACAGCCAUCUCCACCAGCCCAGACCUGCAGUGGCUGGUGCAGCCCACCCUGGUCUCCUCCGUGGCCCCGUCGCAGACCAGAGCGCCCCACCCCUACGGAGUUCCCACCCCGUCGUCGACCGGGGCUUACUCCAGAGCGGGAAUGGUGAAGACCGUGUCAGGCGGCAGGGCGCAGAGCCUCGGCAGAAGGGGCAAGGUAGAGCAGUUGUCUCCCGAAGAGGAAGAGAAGCGGAGAAUCCGAAGGGAAAGGAAUAAGAUGGCUGCAGCCAAAUGCAGGAACCGGAGGAGGGAACUGACCGACACUCUCCAAGCGGAGACAGACCAACUGGAAGACGAGAAGUCUGCCUUGCAGACCGAGAUCGCCAACCUGCUGAAAGAGAAGGAAAAACUGGAGUUUAUUUUGGCAGCCCACCGACCUGCCUGCAAGAUCCCCGACGAGCUGGGCUUCCCAGAAGAGAUGUCUGUGGCCUCCCUGGAUUUGACUGGCGGUCUGCCUGAGGCCGCCACCCCAGAGUCAGAGGAGGCCUUUACCCUGCCCCUUCUCAAUGACCCUGAGCCCAAGCCGUCGUUGGAGCCAGUGAAGAGCGUCAACAACGUGGAGCUGAAGGCUGAGCCCUUUGAUGACUUCUUGUUUCCGGCAUCGUCUAGGCCCAGCGGCUCCGAGACGGCCCGCUCUGUGCCGGACAUGGACCUGUCCGGUUCUUUCUAUGCAGCAGACUGGGAGCCCCUGCACAGCAGCUCCCUGGGGGUGGGGCCCCUGGUCACGGAGCUGGAGCCCCUGUGCACCCCGGUUGUCACCUGCACCCCCAGCUGCACUACCUACACGUCUUCCUUCGUCUUCACCUACCCCGAGGCCGACUCCUUCCCCAGCUGCGCCGCUGCCCACCGGAAAGGCAGCAGCAGCAACGAGCCCUCCUCUGACUCGCUGAGCUCACCCACACUGCUGGCCCUGUGAGCAGUCAGGGAAAGGGAGGCAGCGGCGCCCGAAAGAGCCACUGCCUGAGCUGGUGCAUUACAGAGAGGAGAAACACGUCUUCCCCAGGGGUCUGUGCGUGAAACACACCAGGCUGUGGGCCUCAAGGACUUGAAAGCACCCGGACUCAAGUCCUCACCUCUUCCGGAGAUGUAGCAAAAACAAAAACAAAAACAAAAACGCAUGGAGUGUAUUGUUCCUAGUGACUCCUGAGAGCUGGUAGUUAGUAGCAUGUGAGCCAGGCCUGGGUCUGUGUCUCUUUCCUCUUUCUCCUUAGUCUUCUCAUAGCAUUAACUAAUCUGUUGGGUUCAUUAUUGGAAUUAACCUGGUGCUGGAUAUUUUCGGAUCGUUAUCUAGUGCAGCUGAUUUUAACAAUACCUACUGUGUUCCUGGCAAUAGAGUGUUCCAAUUAGAAGGUGACCAAUAUUAAACUAAGAAGAGAUAGAACUUUAUUUUCCAGUAGAUAGAAGUAAAUAGCUAUAUCCAUGUACUGUAGUUUUUCUUCAACGUCCACCGUCAUGUUCAUCCGUCAUGUUGCUGAUCAUGCAUUGUUGAGGUGGUCUGAAUGUUCUGACAUUAACAGUUUUCCAUGAAAACGUUUUUUAUUGUGUUUUCAAUUUAUUUAUUAAGAUGGAUUCUCAGAUAUUUAUAUUUUUAUUUUAUUUUUUUCUACCCUGAGGUCUUUCGACAUGUGGAAAGUGAAUUUGAAUGAAAAAAAAAUUAAGCAUUUGUUUGCUUAUUGUUCCAAGACAUUGUCAAUAAAAGCAUUUAAGUUGAAUGCGA